AAUAGAAACGCGGCCCGGGAGUUUAAAUCAAUCCUGAAAAGCACAUUUGCACAGUCUCGCUUGCCUUUGCAUGUAUCAAGAAGUCCAUCCCAUCUCAGAGCUAUUAGCAUUCCUAUGAUCUGGAGAAAGUAAAACCGAGAGACACAUAGUUGCUUUUCUUUAGUCGCAGUAGAUGAUGGAUACAGGAACCGGUGUCGAGAUGUCGAACUCGCUGGAGCGGAGUGAUCACACUGCAUUCGUGGAAGGGGGCUUUCUUUAUGUGUGGGGAGGCUGUAAGUCAGUCUCCGGAACAGAAACACUGUUACCCAGUGAUGAGAUUUGGCUGUGCGAUUUGGAGAGUGGAAUAUGCCACCUGUCCCAACACACACUACCCACAGACAUGCACACUACGGAGCUUUAAUUUGCGUGUGUGUGUGUGUGUGUCAGGGAGCGGAGGGGGAUGGAGGGAGAAAUCCCCCCGGCCUUAUCAGGUGCCUGCGGUUCUUAUCACAACGGCACUCUCUACGUGUUUGGAGGGUGUGACCCAAAUGGACACACCAACCAGCUGUACAGUGUUGACCUGCUGGAAGGAUGCUACACCUGGAGGAAAGUGACAGACGCUGGGGGAAACACCCCCUCACCCAGAGACAAACAGUCCUGUUGGGUAAACCGAAACAGGCUCAUCUACUUUGGAGGGUAUGGAUGUAAAACCAUAAGAGAGGUCAACAACUCAAGGAACUUCACAGUCCAUGAAUCAUCCUGGGCAAUGAUUGGGACGACAUUCUUUAGGUUCUGGGGCUGGAACAGCGAAGUCAACGUUUUUGACACACACACUGCGACGUGGGAAGAACCUGAAACCCAUGGUCAGACCCCAUCUCCUAGAGCCUCCCACACCAGCGCCACCCUGGGGGACAAAGGUUACAUCUGCGGAGGUCUGGAGGACACAGAUUUGGACAUCCACUGUCUGGAUCUGGACACCUGGAUAUGGACACGGAUUGACUUCCUCUCGUCUUUGGUGCCCGUGGGGCGUUCCAUGCACACCCUGACCCCAGUGUCUGACCACACCCUCUUCCUGUUUGGUGGGCUGAGUAUCACCGGUGAUUCUUUAAGUGACGGAUGGGAGUUUGACACUCAGACAAAUACAUGGAGAGAGAUGGAUCACCUACACCAUGACAAGCCCAGGUUGUGGCAUUCGGCGUGUCGGGGCAAGGAUAAUGAUGUGGUUGUCUUCGGGGGGUGUCGAGACUACGUCCUCCUGAUGGACUCUGUCACUGUUUUGAGGUCUCCGUCACAGAACCACUGCAAAGAUGUUCUAGUCUUUCAGACCCAGCCAUACCCCCUACUCAGAUUAUGUAAAGACUGCAUAGCCUGUAACGCUGAUGUUUUGCAAGAACAGCUUUUGUGGCUGCCACCCAAACUACAGGAGACUGUGGACAAGAGAGUGUCCUUCUUCAGGAUUGGCCCAAACCAGGAAAAUAAAAAACGGUUGCACCUGGUUUUAGAUUGACAGUAAUAUCAAGAUAUAUUACAUGACAAAAGUUUGGUAUUCUAUUUGUUUUUAUCAGAACUUGUUCCUUUCACUUUUCUAAAGCUCAUUAGGAAAUGAGUCUCAUUGGUCUACAGCUCUUCUCACACAGGUCAUGAAUGGGAGAUGGCUACAGGUAGUAAGAUUGGAUAUUUGGCAAAAAAAAACAAUGUUUUGCAAUUAAUGUACAAUCAAUAGUAGCCCAUUUAACUUGACAAAAUGAAAACAGGAAAAUAAGGUUGUUGUAUUUUCUUUUAAUGUUGAUUAAUAAAAUGUUGCUGACUUAAAA